UCAUCUCAAAAUCCCAUCCGUCGCUGCUCACCUGACCUGGGCCAGUCUCUCUCUCUAUAUCUCACUCAAUGCUCCACCCUGAAUCCGCCUGAAAAAAGAGAAAAAACCCAGAAGCAAAGAGAAAUGGAGCUGAGCUUGGAUUUGGGUCUGGUCCAUGUCUCCAAAACAGUCGCCGAGUGUCUGAAAGAGGUCGCCAAAGUCAAGGAUGUUGGUCAGAAGCUGUCCAGGCUUGACGAUUACGUCAACAGAUUGGAAGAUGAGCGCCGGAAGAUCGAGGUCUUCCGCCGGGAGCUUCCUCUCUGCAUGCUCCUUUUGAACGAUGCGAUUCUGAAAUUGAAGGAGGAAGCAUUGCGUUGCAAGGAAUUGAACGAUCGAGCUGCUGCUGGUCAAGGAGAUGGAGAAGAAGGGGAGAUGAUGAACAAGAAGAGCUGGAUGGAUUCCGUGCAGCUAUGGAAAACUGGAGAUUCUAACCCGGUGGAAUCCAAUUCAGAAGCAAAACAGCAGAGAAGCGAGGAAGAAGAUGAUCGAUCAACCUGCGAGAACCCAAUUCAGCAGCUUCACACCAGGGAAGGGCCAUUCAUGGCGUUUAAGCCAAUUGUUGGGGGUGGAAGGAAGGAAGAGAAGGAAGUUGUUUCACAGGCUACUGAGCUGUCUCUCAUGACUCCAUCUCCUCCUGAAUUGGUUCUUGCCCCGUGUCGCGGCAGUAAUCAGCAAAUGAAGGUGCAGAGCGCUAAGUCACAGCCACAGCCAUCGCAGCUUCAGCCCAACAAGAAGCAAAGGCGGUGUUGGGCUCCUGAACUUCACAAGCACUUCUUGAAUGUCCUUGAUGAGUUGGGAGGACCUCAUGUGGCCACUCCCAAGCAGAUUAGAGAACGGAUGCAAGUGGAAGGACUCACCAACGAUGAAGUCAAAAGCCAUUUGCAAAAAUACAGGCUUCACAUCCGAAAGCAUACAGCUUCUUCAUCUGCUGGCCCAGCAAAUGGGUUGUGGACACCUAAGUAUGAUGGAAACAACAGCAAUAACACUCCAAAGGCUAAAGUACUACAGUCCAGUGUGGAAGGUGAAAGCAUUGGAGGCUUCUCUAGGUCUAGCAAUGAAGGUGAAAGCAUGGAAGGAGGGGAUGGGCAAUCAGAGAGUCGUGAUAGUUCGAAAAGAGGGACUGAGAAGGUGGGCAGUGAAGGAAGAGGAGUCGAUGUAUGGAGGUGAAAUGCUCCCUUCUGAUAUCCCCCCUGAUAUAGAUCAUGAAAGGUAGAUUUAAGGCAUCAAACUAUUCUGUAUACAACAAGGUGGAGAAUCAGCUUGUAAAGAUGAUAGAAAAAGAUAAGACAGUCGAACACAAAUAGAAAGGGGGGGAAAACAAGAAGUUGCUGCUCUUAGCAAUUUUAUUUCCUUUUGCGGCUUAUGUAGUUUCAGAGAGUGAUGAUAGGGAUCGAGGGGUGUAUCUGCAGAAAACUGCAGUUGAUUUGUUAGUUCUAUGUAUGUCAUUGCUGUUUGUUUGUUUGUUGAUGAGGUUUGAGGUAGCAGGAGAUUGUUGAAACCAACUGCUGCUGCACAAUCAUUUUGGAAGAGGGGAAUCAUUCUGUUCAUGUGUUCUCCAACUUGGGAUUUAUUCAGUUACAUCAAAAUGUUUGAGUUCCAGCUUCUUCCACCAGCAAGAGUUGCUUUUGAGAAAAGGAUGGGGGGGAAACUAAAAUGCUAACAUGAAG